CUUCUUGCUGUGCUGUUUUCUCUUUUCCUCAUUCGGUUCUCGUCUGUCAUCGGGGCAAGUGACUGUGUGUAUCUUCCUGUUCUGCUCUUUUCAUCGCUCUGUUAUCACGUCGUCUGGUCAAAUCCCUUAGUUCGGUGUUUUAUCUACGUAUAAAAGUCGUUUUGAACCCAAGCGGAGCAGCGAACGUCGAGGAUAAAGCGAAUGUUCCCAUCGUUCUGAAGCGCGCGCCGUUUGUUAGCGGCUCCUCCCGCCAGGUGAGCUCGGGUGUGUCGUAGAAUAAUUUCCAUGGGGAAGUUGUUUGCCAACUUCUGUCGCAAAUCGAAGAAGGACGGAAACGAAGAGCUGGAGGACGUGUCACACAUGUAGGCGCUCGUCAGGUUGGGAGAAAAGAGCCAGCAGUCAUGUCCAUUGAAUAUACCAUUGAUAUCCAGCUGACGGAGCUGGGAUUUCCGGGCCUCCUGCAGCCACCGGACACCUCAGUCUUAGAAGCGUCCAGUCACCCUGCCACCUCUCUGUCCAACACACACAAACGAAGACUGCUGUCACUGGAUGGCGAGGAAGCGGGUCCAGCAAAACGGACCACACAUGGUAAAAGACUACCUCCUGCACAGAGUGUGCACGAUGACCAGGCUGCACACUUAGAGCUUUCAGACACCACAGUGGAUGUUCCCACCGCUGGACAGACGGACGAGCCACGGCUGAUCAUUAACGAGAAAGAAGACGAACAGGAAAGUGUACACAAUGGAGAAGCUGCACAGGACGGUUCCACAGAGGAGCAGCAGGGUGUGGAGGAUGAGUCAGAUGACAGUGAAGUCUCAGAUGUGUAUGAGGAAGAAGAGGUUGACGUAGAAGAGGACAAUGAAGAAGAAGAAGACAGGCUAAACAAUGCGUCGAGUCCUUCAGACUGCUACAGCUGCAGUGUCUGCAAUCUCCAGCUUCCCUCCAAAUUAGAGCUGCAGGACCAUAUGAACCUGCAUACCGGAGCACGCCCAUAUUGUUGUGCUGAAUGUGGGAAGCGCUUCUGCCAGAUUUACAACUACCGAGUCCACCUGCGCACACAUGCUGAGACCAAAGCGGGCCGUCUCACAUGCAGAGUUUGUCGCGUGAGUUUUGCGUCACAGAAGGAUCUGGAGGUCCACCUGUCGAAAACUCACUUUGAGAACGAGUUCUACGAGUGCGACAUGUGUAAACAUGUGUUUACUUCUCUGGAGUUGUGCGAGUCGCAUGUGCGGUUACACAAAUGUACGCUCCCUGUUGUUUGUGAAGUGUGUGGCCGCAAUUUCUCCUCUCCGAAAUCCCUUGUGCGCCACCGGAAGAAGCUGUGCCACCGUGCUUUAAAAUGCACAGACUGCUCAAAGACCUUUACUAGGAAGAAUGCUCUCCUGAAACACAGCUUCUCCCAUCUUGGUUUGCUGCCUUACACCUGCGUACGAUGCCGCUGCCACUUCCGCCUGGCAGUGCUGUACCGCCAACACAAGUGUGAACCUGAACGUUUACACUGUGUCGCAUGUCUGAGAGAGUUUGUUAGUCAGCAGGACUUCCAGCAGCACAAAAAGGACACAGGCUGCUGGGGUAACCAAGAGCCUAAAGGGGAUGAGAUCAGGUGCUUGGAGUGCGGACAGAUGUUUGAUAGUUCAGAAGAGCUUAAGAAACACGCCGGAGCUCACCAGAGGGUACUGAAAUGUGCUGAAUGUGGAAAGGGGUUCCGGUCAGCCUUGCUGUUAAUGUCCCACAUGGGCGGUCAUGCUGGUCAGUCACCCUGCCUUUGUCAGAGCUGCGGACUUGGCUUUCCCCACCAGCAGAACUAUGACAGCCACCUCAAGACCUGUGGGAAAACGCCUAAGCCUGGGAGUGCUCCCAAAAAGCAUCCGGCUUCAAAGACCUCUUCAUCUGAGAAAAGGAAGCUCAGUGCAAAACCAGACUCAUCAAGUCCAGCAAACGUAGUCGCCAUGCUUGCCGCUGGGUCUGGUCCACCAGACGGAUUAUGGAAGCUAACCCUUGACAAACACCCGCCCCCCGGUGUUAAACUUGUUUUGUUUCUUCCCGUGUGUCCAACUGAAGCCAACGGCGCUCCCCUCUCACAUGCGAUUUCUACACACCUUGGAGCGGAUGCUGCUCUUGGAGUGCAGCCGAACAGCCCUCUGGAUUUGGCAACUGGUAUUAAACAGGAUCCAGAAUGUGAAGCACCUUUGGAUUUGUCUAAGAAGUGUAACUCAUCCAAGUCUGCUCUGAGCGACAUUCCUCUUCACACUGUUAAAAAUGAGCAUCAAGAAUUUGAAAUCUCAGGAGAAACUAAUGGCACCGAAAAACAAGUUCGUAAAAGCAGUGACACUGAAGCAAUUGUUACAACAAAUCCAGGAGAGGCCGAUACUGAAGUGAAGCAGUGCAAAAUGGACCAGAUGGAUCUCUCCCCUCUUAAUACUUCCUCUGAACUAAUCGUGGAUAUUAAGAAAGAGCCUCAGUCUGAUGGCUCGGAUUGUGAUUUAGGGUCAGCGAAGUCCUGCUAGCUGAUAAACAGGAUGCCAGAGAAAGAAAUUAAGGUUUAAGGGUUGACGUUUCACACCCUGCAUGUUCGGUUAAGGAGAAGUUAAAUGCGUUGAAGGCAGGUCACAUUUUCUACCAUUCAUAGGACUCUCCUGCUAUUUUUCUGUCCCUGUCGUUACGUAAAUGUGGAUAAAUGACAGGGCAGAAUUUCUUCUUCCAUGUGUAUGAGUAGAUUUAUAUCUCUAUCGGCCCCUCUAUCGGAUUACUGUAUGACUUCUGCUUUAAGAAAAGACACAUUUUUUUGGUCUUAAAUCCUAACAAAAUGUUCCGAUCUCCAUUCUUCUGAAUUUUAUUUCUGAAUAAGACUUGUGACUUAGGCAACCAGAGCAAAAUGGUACUGUAAUAAUUAUAAGUCUCUGCAGUAUACUUGGGUUUAUGGAUCUGUUAUUAAGUUAAAUGAAAACACUGGGUUUCUUGGUAUUCAGCUGAAAACUUGAAAUGGAUGCAUUUUUGUCUAUAUACACUUUACCUUUAGUUCUAUGUUAAGUAUUAUAUGGAUGAAUAAAUAAGUAAAUAACAGCACCUCUCAAUAAUAUUACAAUAAUACUUGAUAUUGAAAAGUUUGCAGGUAUGUUUAUGUUUUUCUAAAUGCAAAUAAACAUGUCUUUCAUGCAAUAUCAGCUGA